AUGCUACGUUCUCCUUUAUUAUUAAUUAGUCGACCAUUAUUACAACGAACUGUUGUAACACAAGUAAAAACUUCUAUUAAUAAUAAUAAUGAAAAUAAUCAAGAAGAAAAACAACAAAAUGUAACAGAAGGUCAUCAAUCAUCGCAUACCUAUGAACCUCCACGACGACCAAUGACACAACAAUUUACACAUCAAGUAACAAAUCAGGUACCACCACUUGAAUUUGUGGAUCUAUAUGAAAGUGAUUUAGCAUUACAAACAUUUGUUACAAAAGAAAAUGGUGGACAAACAAUAGAAAUGGCUGCUGAAUUAGGUAGUUUUCAUUGGUUUGAACAAGGACAUCGAGCUAAUCGAUAUCUACCAACAUUACAACAAUUUGAUCGUUAUGGACAACGUAUUGAUGAAGUUCAUUUUCAUCCUUCUUAUCAUGAUCUUAUGGGAAUAGGCAUGCGAUAUGGUGUUCAUUCUGUUGCAUGGGAACCAUUAUCAGGAACUAAAACUGAAAUUAAUCCACAUGGACAUCUACAACAUGCAGCAACACUUUAUAUACUUAGUCAUGUAGAACCUGGUGUGUGUUGUCCUUUAUCAAUGACAUAUGCUGGUUAUCCUGUACUUCAUCGAUAUCUUCAUCGUACAAGUUCAAAUAUAACAAAUAGCUUUCCAUUAAAUAAAAUAUUAUCUCGUAAAUAUGAUCGACGAUGUUUACCAGCUAAUACUAAAUCUGGAUUAACAAUUGGAAUGGCAAUGACAGAAAAACAAGGUGGUAGUGAUGUUCGUGCAAAUACAACACAAGCUUAUUGUGAUAAUAAAGAUGAAAAACGUUAUAUUCUUAUCGGUCAUAAAUGGUUUUGUUCAGCACCAAUGUGUGAUGGUUUUCUUGUUCUUGCACAUAUACAAAAUGAUGAUAUAAAUAAUAAAUCAUCAACAAAUAAUAUACCAUCUUGUUUUUUUGUUCCACGAUGGUUACCAAAUGGUGAACGAAAUCCAUUUUAUAUACAACGAUUAAAAAGUAAACUUGGUAAUCAAUCAAAUGCAUCAAGUGAAAUUGAAUUUAAUAAUACUCAAGCUUGGCUUCUGGGUAAAGAACAUGAUGGUGUUAAAACUAUUAUUGAAAUGGUAAAUGGUACACGUUUAGAUGCUGCUGUUGGAAGUGCAGCAUUAAUGCGACAAGGUUUAUUACAGGCUACUUGGCAUGCUCGUCAUCGAAAAGCAUUUGGUCAAUUAUUAAUCGAUCAACCACUUAUGAAACAAGUUCUAAUAGAUUUAUUACUUGAAUCAGAAGCUGCUACAGCACUUGUUAUGUAUCUUGCAACAUUAUUUGAUGCAACUUAUAAUAAUAAACAAUCAAAAAAUAUUGAUGAAGUUAAAGCAUUUGCUCGUAUAGCUACAGCAAUAGCAAAAUUUUGGAUUUGUAAACGAACACCUGAAACAACAUAUGAAGCAUUAGAAUGUCUUGGUGGAGCUGGAUUUAUUGAAGAAUCAAUUAUGCCUCGUAUAUAUCGUGAUGCACCAUUAAAUAGUAUUUGGGAAGGUAGCGGUAAUGUGAUUUGUUUAGAUAUAUUACGUGCAAUGAAAAAAUCUCCUGAAUCACUUCAAGCUUAUUUAUCAUUUAUGCAUGAAACCAAAGGUUCAAAUAAAUAUUUAGAUACAGCAAUGGAACGUAUUGAAAAAAAUUUAUUAACAAAAAAUCUUUCUAAUGAAAUACUUGAACGUCAUGCACGAACAUUAGCUACACAAUUAGCAUUAUGUCUUCAAGCUGCUUUACUUAUACGUCAUUUACCAGAAACAGUUAGUGAUGCAUUUUGUUCAUCACGUCUUGGACCUAAUCGUGGUUCUAUAUUUGGUGAUUUACCACAGGAUAUUGAUACGGAUAAACUUUUAAAAAGAUUACCUUUCUAA